AUGUCUUAUAUGAACAACACAUUUCAAUCCAAUUAUGAUUAUUCGAAUGAUAAUAAUUUUAUGUCGACCGACAUUGGACCUUCCAUGCGGGAGUUAAAGGUACAAAACCGACGCAGUAGGCCAAUGGAUAAUCCAGGUGCAGACAAUCCAUAUAUACCCAAAUUCAUUUCGACAGCUCCAUGGUAUGCGCAAGACGAACAAGCUGUAGAAAGGUUGGCACAUCAACGUCUAGGAAAGAAAGAACCACCUAGUGGUGGACGUUCUUCUGUCGAGGAAUCGUGGUACGUCCGUGGUAAAAGAGCUGGACCUGCUGCGACUAAAUACAGGAAAGGCGCCUGUGAGAACUGUGGUGCCAUGAGUCACAAACUUAAAGAUUGCAUGGAGCGACCACGGAAGCGCGGUGCCCGGUGGACUGGAAAAGACAUUAAAGCAGACGAACUUAUUCAAGACGUUGAUGUCAGCUGGGACGCCAAACGUGACCGAUGGAAUGGUUUUGACGCUAGUGAUUAUAAAAAGGUGAUUGACCGAUAUGAAAAGAUCGACGCUUUACAAAAGAAACACAACACUACAGAAAAUCAAACGGAAGAGAUUAGUGAAUCCGGAAAAAAUACACCUUCAUCUACAAAAGAGGAAGAAUCCAAUGGUGGAACAAACUCUGGCGUAACAACUCCGAGUUUGCGUAUGCGUGAAGAUGUAGUUGGUUAUUUACGUACCGACAAUAAAGGUCUUCAGUACGAACCUAAAUCGAGGUCUAUGCGCGACACCACUGGGUCUCAUCUAUUAAGCGAUUCCAUAAAUGGAUCUGGUUUCACGAAAGCUUCCGGAGGAGAUAAGGACGACUUUGAAAAACUGCAGACGUUUGCAUGGGAAGCUGAAAAAGGUGGCAAUCAUAUGCAUGUAGUGGCCAAUCCAACAGCCGGUGAGAUGGAGUAUCGAAAGAAUCGCCAGUCGAAAGCUGCUAAUCAAAAACAAAUUGAACAAAGUAUUCUGGAAAAAUAUGGAGAUGGUACGGCAAAGAGGAAACGGCCGGCAGGACCGUCUUUUCCAUCCAACGGUUCGUUGGAUUCUAUUUCUAAUCGACAGGCCGCCUCGAAAGAGGAUGAUGCCUCCCAACCAGGUUUAAAGAGAGAGAAACCAACCAGCGCAGAGAACGUUACUAUCCUCGAAGAUGAUUUGUAA